UUGAGCAGAGGUAAAUACUGCAGGGAGUUUGCCAAGGAUAGGCAAAUCCACCAGAUAAAAACACACAGAUAACAGACACUGUGACACCCAUACUCACACCCAUACAAAACACACAUACUACUAAGAGAGGAAGUGGUCAAGUAGUCUGCUAAUGUCGCUGACAGAACUGGAGUGUACAUCCCUCCCACAGGCUCACACACUUAAGGCUUUGUCGCACUCUUUGUCGUUCACUUUAUCUCGGUGCCUCUCUCUCAUUUCGAAAGCGACAGAAACUCACACAGACACACUGAACAAACACACUCUGCGCCACUUUAUACACCAGCCACUUGGACAGAGCAGAGGUGCCUGGGAUUGCUGUCCUCAGUAUGGAUAACAAAUCCGAUGUGAAGGCCAUGAUGGCUCGCUUCCAAACGCCGAGCACGGACGAGACUUCUUCCACACCGGCUGGACGCAUCAAACAGCCCUUGCACUCCACCGUCUCCUCUGGCCCGACCAUACAGACAAAGAAACCGGUCUUGGAGAGCCGCUCAGGCAGCGGGAUAACUAUUCCACUUAGAUCCACUGUUCUGAAAAGUACAGUAUCAACUAAAAGUGACACAGAGGCACACGAACCAAACAAGGCUAAAGCCCUAGCUAGCAGGUUUGGAAACACCCAGGAUGACACCAACAAAAAACCUUUCGUUGUUACUAAACAGCCGUUGAAGCCAACCUUUUCCCAGUCUCCUGAAGCUAAAGGCGCUCUACAGAAGCCGCCUUUCAACAAGCCCGCCCUGAGCUCCACCCUGAGCUCCACCCUGUCCGACUCCAAACCAGCCAUGCCAAAACCGCUCAACUCCAAGCCCAGCUGGGUGAAAGAAGACAGCGGUGGAGGCUUCCAAGAUAAACCAAGGAGCAGCAUUUCAAAAUUACGGCAUCAUAGUGAAGAGGUGCCAGGAGCUGGCACGAACACUGCGAACAAACCUUCGCCCCUGUCCAACUUCAGGAAUGCUCAGAAUAUCUUCAACAAGGAGUCAGAUAGCGACGUGAAAGCAGACGAUGCCAACAAACCCCCCCUCACUCCUACUAACUCCACACCUCCUCCAAAACCUCUGCCCAGUAAAAAACCUAGCAUCAAAAAACCUCCAAAGCCUUCUCCUCAGACGAGCGGCGUCAUCGGGGAUACCAUCUCUGGUCCCAAGCGUCACACCCUCCCCAACAGUUUAGCUUUGGGCCAAGCUCCUGCCAAGCCCAACCGCCCCCCCAGAGUCAACCUGGAGAGCUUUAAAAGAGGUGCUGUGACCUCUGAUAACGGCCCUGGCACCUUUAAGAAACCCCUCGUCCAGGCUCCUCUGACCUCUCACCCCAGUAACCAUAGCAACCAGGUGACCCCGACUCUACCCCCUCAGCCUGCAGUUCCUAGUCUGCCCCCGCGACACCCCGGAGCCAUGAUGCAGCAAGAUGACGUAUAUGAUGAUGUUGAUGACUUUAACAGCACUCCGCCACCUCUACCAUCAUCUACAGGUCACCCAAGUCGGAGGGGAAAGGCCCAGGAGGAAGAUGAUGAUGGAGAUGGAGAGAUGUAUGAGGAUCUUGAUGAAAUAUGGGAAGCGGCUGAUCAAAAGCAAGAAAAGAAGAGAGAGAAAGAGGAGAAGGAGGAGAAAAAACGACUGGAGGCUGAGAAGAAGGAGCAGAAGGAACGUGAGAAGAAGGAACAAGAUGCCAGAAAGAAGUUCAAAUUGGUUGGCCCCCUGGAGGUCGUCCACCAGGGGAAGGCUCGCGUGGACUGCAAAAGCAGUAAAACCGACCUCGCUCUGAAGCAGGGAGAAUGCGUGGACAUCAUCCGUGUCCAGGGCAACCCAGAGGGAAAAUGGUUGGGACGGACGCAGGAUGGAUGCAUUGGUUAUGUGAAGACCACUUCAGUGGGAAUUGACUUUAACUCUCUGAAGAAUCAAGCUCAGCAGGCGUACGACCCCGAGGUAUACGAUGACAUCGAUGUGGUCUCUGCUGAUAACAGCGGGAUGAAAGGACCAGGAGUUGUCUUACCGCCGAUACCAGGAGACGACGGAGAAAUAUAUGAUGACAUUGUUGAUCCAAACCUGGAAGUCAGUCCCCCGGACCUCAGGUCUUCUCCUACAAAGGCUCGUGGUUUCCUGCGUAUGUUUGACCGGAACAGACGUCCUGCCAGCACUAAAGUAGUGCCUCCACCCAGCCAGUUUACUGCAGAGGGGAAUUCAGAUCAGCCAGGAACAAUUGAUGAGGACAUAUACGAUGAUGUUGACUCUCAAGAUGCGCCUCCCCCUCCUCCCAUCAGCAGCCUUCCACCUCAGAAAGGCAAAAGCAAGACUGAAGAGAUGGAUCCAAAGAAGCAGAAAAAGUUUGAGAAAGAGGAGAAGGACUUCAGGAAAAAGUUUAAAUAUGAUGGGGAGAUCCAGGUGCUAUACCAGGUGACCAUCGCCCCGAACCUUACAAAUAAGAAGUGGGGUGUGAAAGAGCUUCCAGUCAAAGGAGGAGAGAAACUUGACGUCAUUGUUAAAGCCGAGGACAACAAACUGAUCUGUCGGAAUGAGGAGGGCAAGUUUGGUCAUGUUUCGACCUCUCACAUUGAUGCGGACGAUGGUGAUAUCUACGAUGAUAUUGGAGAUGAUUGCAUCUAUGACAACGAUUAGAAACGUCCGGCUUUUUUUACACUGCUAUUGUUCAUGUUAUUUAUUAUGUUUAUUGAUAAUAUACAUUGGGAGCUGCUUUUGGUUCGCCUGCUAGUCAGCCUGAAUUGUCAUUUUUCCCUUCAUUAUUUAUGAAUCGACCUUUGAAUCGUUGAAUAAAUUGGACAUGGAAUCAGGCUAGCUUUAAUUCCUUUGAGCAAUGUGGUCCUUUUUAAAUGUUUCUUCAAAAAACAUCAAAACAAACCAAUUUAAAGGGGUUAUAUUACUUGCGAUAUUUCAGCAAAGUGGGAAACGUUUGUUAUAACAACAGUAUUUGCAUAUCUCUGAAACUCCACAGCACUGUAUUUACAUGCAAGCUUCUUCUGUGUUUUGCAAUUUUAUAAGAGCUACGUGUUGUAAACAUUACUUGCUAUUUUAUUUUUCAAUUAAUGUCCAUGAUAUGAUACUGUAUGUAUGUAUAUUCAACUGCCAUCUCUAAGGCCAACUGAAAUUUUAACAGCUCCUAAACUAACUCUGGUGUCUUCGUCUCAAGUUUCAACAUGCAGACUAACUGUUCUAGUGCCAAAACUGCUCUAUAAUAUGAACAUACAAUUAUAAAAUACAUAAAAACAAUUUUGAUUUUUUCUCUA